UUUUCUGCAGCCACCAAAAGCUCAGCCAUAACCAGAGGCCAGAAUCUCUCGUCGCAACUCCGAAGCGAUAACAUCUAAAGCUACUUCCGAUGAUCUCUUUCAGUUUUCUAGGGUUUCAACGCGGAGAAGGAGAGAGGUGAACCGAAAAUGGCGAUGGCGAUGGCUCUUCGGAGGCUCUCCUCUUCUAUUGACAAGCCAAUUCGUCCUAUUCUCAAUGCCUCCGUCUGCUGCAUGUCAUCUCUGCCGAGUGAAGCUGUGGAUGAAAAGGAGAAGUCUCGUGUCACUUGGCCGAAGCAGCUUAAUGCACCUCUGGAGGUCGUCGAUCCUGAGAUUGCUGAUAUUAUCGAGCUCGAGAAAGCUAGGCAAUGGAAGGGGCUUGAACUCAUCCCAUCUGAGAACUUCACCUCAGUGUCAGUGAUGCAAGCUGUUGGAUCUGUCAUGACCAACAAGUACAGUGAAGGAUAUCCUGGCGCCAGAUACUAUGGAGGAAAUGAGUACAUAGACAUGGCGGAGACCUUGUGCCAGAAACGAGCUUUGGAAGCUUUUCGGUUGGAUCCUGAAAAGUGGGGAGUGAAUGUGCAACCUCUCUCUGGAUCUCCGUCUAAUUUCCAUGUGUACACUGCAUUGUUAAAGCCUCACGAAAGAAUCAUGGCUCUUGAUCUUCCUCACGGUGGUCAUCUUUCUCAUGGUUAUCAGACGGACACCAAGAAGAUAUCCGCUGUUUCGAUUUUUUUUGAGACCAUGCCAUACAGAUUAGAUGAAAGCACUGGCUACAUUGACUACGAUCAGUUGGAGAAAAGCGCUACUCUCUUCAGGCCAAAGUUGAUAGUUGCUGGUGCGAGUGCUUAUGCCCGGUUGUAUGAUUAUGACCGCAUCCGAAAGGUCUGUGACAAGCAAAAGGCUAUUAUGCUGGCGGAUAUGGCACACAUCAGUGGUCUGGUUGCAGCUGAUGUCAUUCCAUCGCCUUUUGAUUAUGCUGAUGUCGUCACUACCACGACUCACAAGUCGCUUCGUGGACCUCGUGGAGCCAUGAUUUUCUUCAGAAAGGGGGUUAAGGAAAUUAACAAACAAGGGAAAGAGGUAUUGUAUGAUUAUGAAGACAAGAUCAAUCAGGCCGUCUUCCCUGGUCUUCAAGGCGGUCCGCAUAACCACACUAUUACAGGAUUGGCUGUUGCUUUAAAGCAGGCGACUACUCCGGAAUACAGAGCAUACCAAGAGCAAGUCCUGAGUAACUGUGCAAAAUUUGCUCAGACUCUGGAAAAGAAAGGAUAUGACCUCGUCUCUGGUGGGACCGACAACCAUCUGGUUCUGGUGAACUUGAAGAACAAGGGUAUUGAUGGAUCAAGAGUGGAGAAGGUGUUGGAAGCUGUUCACAUUGCAGCAAACAAGAACACUGUUCCCGGAGAUGUCUCAGCCAUGGUUCCGGGUGGCAUCAGAAUGGGUACUCCGGCUCUCACUUCCCGAGGCUUCGUGGAGGAGGACUUUGCCAAGGUGGCCGAGUUCUUUGACAAAGCUGUGAGCUUGGCGCUGAAAAUCAAGGCCGAGACUCAAGGAAACAAGCUGAAGGAUUUCGUGUCAAAGAUGCAAUCUUUUGAAUCAGAGAUCAAGAAACUGCGGGAUGAAGUGGAGGAAUAUGCAAAGCAGUUCCCAACCAUUGGAUUCGAAAAGGAAACAAUGAAGUACAAGAACUAAUACAGCUGCGUGUUUAUGUCUGAAACAGGGGAAUUGGCAUUAUAUAUAUAUAUAUAUAUAUAUAAUAUUGUCUGAUACCUGAAUUUCCACGGAAUGUAUAUAAAGAUGUAACCUUUUUUUUACUUACACGAAAACAGUAAGGACUUAAUGCUCC